AUGAAUUUCCAUUCGCCGCUCUUCACCUUCCUACUGCUGGUAGUAGUUGCUCCAUCAGAACCCUCUGAUCGGUUCCUCUCCGAUGUGAAUCAGUUGCGGCGUCAAUAUGCAUUGGAAUACAAUGUUUCUGACAUGCAUGAGUUGAUCUGGAGCAAUGAGCUUGUUGAAAUUCUGAAACCACUCGAUUGGUAUCGUGCUUGGCCAGAAGCUCGCAAAACGUGGAGAUACAUGUAUUUCAACUCCUCUGUCAUCCCAACAAAAGAUAUUGAAGGACAGCUGAUUUUGUUUUUUGCUAAAACUCAAUCACAACAGAAAGAGUACAUUGAAAAUAGUAAGGAAGUACUUGAGCGUUCAGCAGGUGCGUUGGAGUUGCUCAACCCGCAUCAAAAAUUCUUUGGUUGUGGUCCAAAAACAGAGGGAGAUUCCAAGCUCACAGUGUGUUUAAUGGGACCGAGUGGAGAUUUCAAGUUGUUUGAUACAAGCGGUCAAUCCCCUGAACGUUUCCUGGAAGAUGUAAAUGGCGUGAGAAGAACAUACGCAAAUCAAUUCAAUGUCUCUAACAUGCACGAAUUGAUCUGGAACGAGAAUCUAGUGAAUACUGCCAAAGCUUUGGAUUUAAAUGCUCACAAAUGGUCAGAGGCACGAAUAACAUGGAGAUAUUUAUUUAUCAAAACGUAUAACACUUCAUCGAAAUACAUUGAAAAAGAAAUUGAAGAGGAGUUUUUGAAAUUAAAUGAAACAGAAAAACAAAGCUACAUUGAUAAAUAUGUUGGCUCCUCGUUAGGCAAACCUGAACUUCUAAAUCCACAUCAUAGAUUCAUGGGAUGUGCACAAAGAAUAGGGAAAAUCUUAUGUCUUUUAGGAACAGAGGGUGGAUUGACUCUAUUUGAUACAAGUCUUGAAUCAAAUGCCAAGCCUGGAUCUCAAUGCUAUAGAAACUAUGAGAACGUUAACGGGCUUUGUGUUGCAACAAAACAAGAAAAACUCACGAUACGUAUCAAUCAAAUCAGAGAGAAAUAUGCGAAACUGUACAAUGUGCCGAAUAUGCAUCAACUGAUUUGGAGCGAAGAUCUCUUGAAGUUUUCGAAUGACGGAAAUUUCAUGAUUGACCCGCCACAAAUGGGAAAAACGAUGAGACACGUCUAUCUGCCGAAAUUUGAAUAUGAGGAAUAUUUUGAUUUUUUUAUUGAAUCUCGCAUCGAAAACAACUUUAUCUCAAAAGAUCCAAUUGAGCGGAAUUCCUUCUUUGCAUCUAAUGUCCAGACUUCUCUUGGUGACUUGGAACUCUUGAUUCCUCUUCAGAAAAGUAUCGCUUGUGAAUACAUGAGGAUUGAACGAGAUAAGAAGGAAUAUGUUUGUGUAAUCGGACCAAGCGGAAAACCAAAAAUGUUCAAUGUCGACACAGCAAGUGUGACAACUCAUGUUGCUGCAUCGAACUGCUCUGCACGAUACAAAAGUCUGGAUGGAUUGUGUGUUCCAGAAAAUCCGACGGAUGUCUCUUAUUUUGGAAACUCCUCUGAUUUUUUGAAUGACACAUGGAAGGAAUCGUUAGUGACCCUCGCUAGUUCCCUAAACUGUUCUGGCAACCUGACAUGUGCUAACAAGACAUGGAGAUACACAACAGACAUGGUCUAUACCGGAAUAACGGAGAAGAUUGAUGAAGAAGUGGAUUACUAUCUGACUGAAAUGUCUCAGGACGAGUUUCUCGAGUUUUUGAAAAGCGGUGAAACUCAUCACGUUGGCCACCUGGAGCUUUUGAAUCCUAUGCAGACUAGUAUUGGAUGUGUUGAGAAACUACUGUGGGAUUUCACCGUUUUCUGUUUGUUGGGUGAUGAAGGCAAUUUCAAGAUGUGGGAUUUGAAGAAUGUUGAAUCGAAAGCUGGCUCGAGUUGUGCACCAGGAUAUGAAAAUGAUGACGGGUUGUGCUCUAUUCCAGAAGCAAAAUCCAUUGUUGAAACGACUACCGAAGAAUCGACGACUGGAGCUUCUACCACCUCCAGCGCUCCAAAAAAAUCAAAUGUUGAAACGACUACCAAAGAAUCAACUACCGAAGAAACGACAACCGAAGAAUCAACCACUGGAGUUUCUACCACCUCCAGCGCUCCAUCAAAACGUCGCCUUCUCCCAAAGUCUUCAAAGAAACAUUCCGCUCGUAACAACAAGAAAACUGGUGGAAAAUAA